AUGAAGACUGAGUUUCUUCUCUCAGGGCCUGGGGCUCUCGGUAUUUUCGUGGACAGUACGGGAGCAUCGCAGCGUCCGCCAAUUUCUUUGUCAUCAAAUCUGUCCUCCUUAUUUUGUCAAGACUCAUUGAUUUUUGCCGUUGACGACGAAUUUGUGACCAUCCACAGUGCAAAGAAUCAGGAGCAGCUCCAAACGCUCAUCGUCAAAAAUACCUCGACCGCCUGUAUGUCCUUAGAUGGAAAAAGGCUCUUUCUCACAUCCAGCCAACCAGUUCGCUUUCCCGAAAUAUACACUGUUCGCCCGGAGACCUGGGAUAUGGUAGCAAGGCGUCUUGUACUGGCUGGUUGUACCGCUGAAGCGCAGGACUGUGUUCAGCGACAGUAUCGUCGUCUUUUGGAUUUGUGUGCUGAACGCCCGGCCACAAGCAGCACUGCUAAACUCCUUUUCAACGCUCGCUCCAAACGUGUGUUCACCCUCAUGGGCUUUUAUUUCUUCGAAAUCGGGCGACUACCAGAAGCUAAGCAAUUCUUUGAAAAGUCUUCUCUUAAUGUCUGUGAGGCAAGUCUUCAUGAAAAAGACUCAACCGUACACCUGUUGUAUUGCCUUAACCAGCUCCUCUAUCGGUAUGUGGACCUCCUGCCGCAAGGUUAUACUUUCACACCCAGCAGUGAAUUGAAUUUGUCUAUGGCCGUGCGAGCGCAAGUUGAGAACCCAGGCAUUGCCACCCCGAACACAAUAUUUGACCUCGCCGAAACCCUGGCUUCCAGUUCCAAGGACAAAGAUCCGGCCGUGAGCGUACGAAAUUACCGCAUUUUCUUGCUAGACUUUUUGCUGGAGCACCGACGAAGUCGCAUUUUUGAGAAACACACUUUGGAUGAAACACGGGCUCCAGACGUUCGGCCUAGAACCCUCAUAAAAGCUGGUUCAUUCACAAGAGAUCAGCAGUGGAGUAACAUUACUGACGGGUGA